AUGAAAAGCCCGAGCAACGUGAAGGAAGUGCAGAGGCUAACCGGGCGGAUCACGGCUUUAUCUCGUUUUCUCCCUCACUCGGGCGACAAGUCAGCCCCGUUCUUCAAAUGCCUCAAGAAGAACGCAGCAUUUGAGUGGAAUUCUGAGUGCGAAGAAGCCUUCACCCGCCUCAAGGAAAUGUUGUUCGCCCCACCAGUCCUUUCGAAACUUGUCCAAGGCCUACCUUUGCAUUUAUACCUCUCAGUCGGCGAUCAUGCAAUAAGUUCGGUGAUCCUUCAAGAGGUGGAUGGAGAGCAAAAGAUAGUUUAUUUCGUAAGCCAUACACUUCAGGGGGCAGAGAUCAGGUAUCAGAAGAUAGAAAAAGCGGCUCUCGCCGUCCUCGUCAUCGCCCGACGCCUACGACCGUAUUUUCAAAGCUUUCAGGGGAAUAGUCGGCGCGCAGACCUUAGCGGAUUUUGUGGUGGAAUUAACACCGGAAGAUGGGGGAAGGUCAGCACGCAAUGGAUAUUGUUCGUCGAUGGGUCAUCAAAUGAAAACGGAAGCGGGGCUGGGGUCACGCUGCAAGGGCUUGGGGAAUUGGUGUUGAAGCAGUCCCUCAGAUUCCAGUUCAAAACCAGAAAUAACCAAGCAGAAUAUGAGGCUCUUGUUGCGGGAUUAAAACUAGCAAUUGAAGUGCAAAUUGACAGUCUAGUGGUAAGAACGGACUCGCUGCUAGUGGCAAGCCAGAUCAAUGGGGAGUUCCAGGUAAAGGAGCCGACCUUGAUAAAGUAUGUGGAGCGCGUGCGGCAGCUCAUGGGUCGUUUGCAACAGGUGGUAGUGGAAUACGUGCCGAGGACACAGAACCAAAGGGCGGAUGUCCUAACAAAGCUGGCAAGCACUUGGAAGACUGGCAACAACCGGAGUGUGAUUCAAGAGACGCUCGCCAAUCCCAGCAUGGAGGGGGAUUUGGUGGCUUCGGUUAUUCGCCAGGAAACUUGGAUGAAUCCCAUCAUUGACAUUUUGGCGGGAGAGCCUAGCGAUGUAACAAAAUACUCAAAGGCGCAAAGGAAGGAGGUAGGGCACUACACGCUACUCGACGGGAUACUCUUCCGGCGAGGAUUCAGUUCGCCACUCCUGAGGUGUCUUCUACCUGAGAAGUACGAGGUUGUUAUGAUAGAAGUCCAUGAGGGAGUUUGCGCAAGUCACAUUGGAGGAAGGCCAGUGGCGAGCAAAGUCCUUAGAGCGGGUUUCUAUUGGCCUACGGUAAGGAAGGAUUGUGCAGAGUUUGUGAGGAAAUGCGAGAAGUGCCAAGUAUUUGCAGACCUACCAAGAGCACCGCCAGAGCAACUGGCCACAAUCAGUUCCCCAGGGCCCUUCGCCAUGUGGGGAGUCGAUCUCGUCGGGCCCUUCCCCACCGCUAGUCGCAAAUGA